AUGGAUAAGGAAAUAUUACUUUCAUCAAAAAAUACUACAGAUAAAACACCUCCAGAAAUUUCAAAUUUACUACAACUACAAAUUUCUUUUCCUUUCGAACAUAGUGCUGAUGAAACUGCUAUAACUCCAAGUUCAUCUGAAGGGGAACCUUCUCAAUUAUACGAUAUUUUAGAUAAAGACAGUGAUUUUUUGGAAUUUUCAGACAUCGAAGAGUAUAUUGUUGGGUUUGAUGAUGAUAUAGCCAACAAGACUCAUGAAAUUUUAAUAGGGAAUGCCAGAACUCAUUUUUCACAAACAGACGAGCUCAACAAUUUGUGCAAUAAGGGCCUGGUUCUACACAAGGGUACAAACGAUAUUACACAAUAUGGCCUCAAAGCUCCACAGUCAAAAAAGCAUACACACAAGAAAAAAAAACCAACAUUAAAGCUAUCUCAAAAAACCCGGGCCACUAAAAGAAUAGAAUUAGAUUUGGAAGAUGUGUGCAACCAAGUUCAAGAUAUUUCAGUGCAAAUUCUUAUUAGUGGAAUUUUAUCAGGAAGCACAACACCUGGCUAA